UGAGUUGGCAGCAGUGCUGGUGAGCUGGUUGAAUUAAGAUCUAGAAUGGAGGUCAGCCCAAGGUCAUAGCUGUGAAGACAAUGGACAUUCUACACCCUCUUCCAGCUGCCUGCUCCUCGGAACCUGAAGGUUCACCUGUACAACGCCCAGCAGGCUCUGAGCUGGGAUUCCGUGUCCCUGAACAACGACACAAGGCCGGUGGUCUACCAGGUAAAAGGGACAGACGCCAUCCACAUUGCCAGGAGCCAGGACUACUUGCUGGGACUUCCAAAACUAUGUUGAAUAAAAGUGGCGAGAGUGGACCUCCUUGUCUUGUUCCUGAUCUUAGAGGAAAUGCUUUCAGCUUUUCACCCUUGAGUCUGAUGUUAGUUGUGGGUUUGUCAUAUAUGGCCUUUAUUAUGUUGAGCAGCACUAGUAGUACCUGGUAUGACGUCAACACGAAAGACAGCAGGGUGGAUUGUACGAACCUCACCAGGACAGAGUGUAACUUUACCGCAAACAGCCUCUCGGAGGGUUUCCCACGGCAUUUCAACAUCUCUUUACGCCUCCGAGCUAAGCUGGGGGAUCUCGUCUCUGCCUGGGUAAAGGCGCCUUGGUUCGAACACUAUCGGAAUGCCACCAUCGGGCCUCCAGAAGACAUCUGGGUGACCCCAGAAGAAGGCUCCCUUAUCAUCAGCUUUUCUUCUCCCUUUGAUGUCCCUGCCUCUGUGGCCUUUUUUUCGUAUUAUGUCUACUACUGGGAAAAGGCAGGAAUCAAACAGGUGACACGCCCUUUCAGGAGCAACUUCAUCACGUUGAAUGAUUUAAAACCCUUAAGAGUAUACUGUUUCCAAGUCAAGGCAGAACUGUUUUUGGCAAAAGAAAACAUCUCUAGACCUGGGCAUUUAAGCAACAUAUCUUGCUCCGAAACCACAGUGGAUGCCUCUACCAAGCUUCAACAAGUCAUCCUGAUCUCUAUGGGAACCUUUUUGUUGCUGUCAGUGGUGGUAGGGGCCUGUCUCAUCCUGGUCCUGAAAUACAGAGGCCUGGUUAAAUACUGGUUUCACUCUCCACCAAGCAUCCCAUCACAAAUAGAAGAGUAUUUAAAGGAUCCAGCUCAGUCCAUCUUAGACGCCUUGGACAAGGACAGCUCGUCAAAGGAUGAUGACUGGGACUCUGUGUCCAUCGUGUCGUUUCCAGAGAAUGAGCAAGACAUUCUCCAAAGCACUUUGAACCAAGGCACCGAUCCAAGCCACCAGCCCGUGGAAGGGGGACCCUGAGACAGUGAAGCUGCGGAUGUGCCCGUCAGGACUUGAUGGAGCCCACUACCCCUUAUUGCUGUCAUGAAAAGACCCGGGGGUGCCUGGGGAGAGGUCGUGGGUCCCGUGGGAGAGAAAAAGUUACUUUUUUUAAACUAAGAAUUUCCUAAAUCCUACAAGUUUCUAGACCGAUUCUACAUACCAAAAAAAUUAAGGUUUCUCUUAAACACUAAAAAGGCCGAUAAUUAUUUGUUAGCAAAAUGGCUGCGGCACCCCUCUGAUACUUUGUACAUUGUGGGUGGGGCCAGGCGGUCAGGAGACGGGGUCCUCUCCUGUCUAUGGCAAGGAGCUUGGGCCCCUUGGGCAGGUCACCUAAGCUGUCCCAGCCUCUCCCAACAAGGGACACUGAGUGUCCUGGCUUAAAAUGUGAUUAAUCCUGUAAAUAGAUUCCUAUUAAUUUAAGGGUCAUUUUUUUUUCAAGCUAGAAAUAAAAGACUGUAUAGUUAACUUUUUAAAAGUCUGUG